UUAUGUUUCUGUUUACAAUUUUGUAUUUGUAUUAAUUUGUAGGUUAAGUAGGCAAUCGCGUUUAUUAUAUAUUUUCAAUGGAUUUUUGGAAAAAUACUUUGGGCUCACCUGUGAAAGUCGUAGCUCCUAUGGUAGACGCCAGUGAAUUACCUUGGAGGAUAUUGAGUAGAAGAUAUGGAGCACAGCUGUGUUACACACCAAUGUUGCACAGUGCCAUAUUUUCCAAAGAUCCCAAGUACAGAAAAGAAGCCUUGGCUUCUUGCAAAGAGGAUAAACCCCUCAUUGUGCAAUUUUGUGGCAACGAUCCACAAGUCAUGCUGGAGGCAGCUUUGUUGGCUCAGGACGAUUGCUGCGCUAUCGAUAUAAACCUAGGCUGCCCUCAAGCCAUAGCGAAAAGGGGGCACUACGGUUCAUUUUUACAAGACGAGUGGCCUUUGCUGUAUGAAAUAGUAAGUACUUUAAGUAAAAAUUUAAAAGUACCUGUUACUUGUAAGGUGAGGAGGUUUGAAACUGUAGAGAAAACAGUAGAGUAUGCGAAAAUGUUGGAAUCAGCCGGUUGUAAAAUAUUAACCGUGCACGGUAGAACUAGAGAACAGAAAGGUCCGUUGACGGGUCUAGCCGAUUGGAGUUACGUCAAAGCAGUCAGGGAUGUCGUUAAAAUACCUGUUAUUUCUAACGGCAAUAUACAAUGUAUGCAGGACGUUACAAGGUGUUUAAACGAAACCGGAGCAGUCGGAGUGAUGACGGCAGAGGGGAACUUGUACAACCCCUCGAUAUUCAUGUACGAAAAUCCUCCAGCUUGGAAACCCGCCUUAGAAUACCUGGAAUUAGCGGAAAUGUACCCUUGCCCCUUAUCAUACGUCAGGGGGCACUUAUUCAAAUUGUUUCACCACAUUUUGUCUAUUCCUUCCAACAACCAUGUAAGGAUAAGGCUGGGCGCAGCGAACACCAUGGAGCAGUUCAAGGUUAUAGUAAACGAAUUGAAAGACAUGUACGAACCGUACCACGAAGGGUUAAAACGGUGGGAAGAGACGACAGAAGGCGGUACUCAAAAUCUCGUUCUUCCUCCUUGGCUCUGCCAGCCUUACGUCAGGGAUACGCCGGAAAAUCAUGUGAGGAAAGUCGAAGAGAAACGGGUCGAACACGAGGAAAAAGCGGCGAGCGAUUCUAAGCGGCGUUAUGAGGAUGCCGACGGCAAUCCCAUAAGUAGGAAGAAAAUGAAGAAACUGAGGCGGAUUAACAGAAGGCCGGAGAAGCCAACGAAUAUUCCCGAGAGAAGCUUGGAGAAGUGCCAGGAAUGCCUUAAUCCUUUAGGUUCGAAGUGCUUAUUCAAAUUAUGCAAGAAGUGUUGUAGAGAUAAGUGUUUCGUGGAGGAACUGGACUGUAAGGGUCACAGGAUUUUAGUGAAAACGAGACGGGCGAUGGCGAAGCUGUACGCCAGGCGAAAGAUAGUGGAAAAAGCUGUUGAAGUUUCUUAGGUUUCAAUAA